AUGAUCAGGCGUCAUCUCUUCUCCUUAACUAUACAGACAGAUCUGCGUGAUAAUUUGUUGACGAGGUCUCGACGGCUGAUUAAGAAAAUCGCGCAGUUGAGUUCAGCUAGACUCAUCCAGGAGAGUCAAGCUGCGGCUAAUGGAGUCACAAGUUCUGAAGAUGCUCGUGGUGGUGAAGGAGGGACUACUACGGAUGGCGCAGUAAACCUGAAGCCUCCUAGUGCCCAUCGAUCCACGACAGGACGGUUGGAGCGGGCCUUGGGCCGAUUGAGUUCGGAGCAGUUGUUAACCCUUUGGAGUGAGCUCUUGGGUGCUGCAGUUGAAGUAGCCCGGGGUCUGCAGUGGUUGGAUGAGCAGCUCUACCAGUACUAUACAUCCGAUAAUGAUGAUAUGCAGUCGGAGGAAAAGGAGGAUCGCGGAGACUUGCGUGGACAAGUUGGGAGGGUUGCUGCUGCGGUGAUGCAGGCAGUACUCGUUAG